AUGGACGCUGCGACUAAAUUUCUUAGGGAAAGAUUUGCACAUGUGUCGAUGACGAAAAAGGAGAUGCUAAUUGCAACGGUUCUUGUAUUUUUACUUUAUGUUUCUUCGAUUAUGAUGUUUUUUGGCAUGAAUUUCUGGCUUUGGUCUUUUAAAAAAGGAAUUAAACGCAGUUAUGCCACCAUUUUCCUUCCAUCAACGGGAUGGCUUUUUCUGUUUGUGGUUUCUACGAUAGUUCUUCGUAUAAUUAGCUGGAAAAGUGGACGCAAUGAGAAUUUUUUCUUUUGGUGCUCUCGUAAGGGCUUUAUUCUUUUGCUUUUGAUUGGUCUAUUUGAUUCAUUGACUGGGCUUUUAUGCCUGUACUCCGCAGUACAUGUUCCGGUUAUACUUCAAUCCGCGCUUAUAUCGACAGGACCCAUUUGGACUUAUAUACUCGCGUGGAUUUUGUAUCCGGAAAGUCAGCCAAAGUUUUCCCCCAUAUUGCUGUUAGUUGUUGCCUUUACAGCUUGUGGGGUGACUCUUGCAGUGAUGCCACAGACUCAAAGCCAAAAUAAAAAAAAGUAUUUCAGCCCUCCUUGGAUAGUAAUAUUUCUUAUAGGGACUUUCUUAUAUCCUCUUUAUAAUGUUCUUCAAGGUCGUUUUUUGAACGAAUUUCGAGGAUCUUGCUCACCGUUUACGAGCAAAAUAAUCAUGUUGACAUGUGAGACAUUUUUGGUUUUUUUUUUUACCUUGACAUACUUUCCAAUUGAUGCUUCUCCAUUUUUUGGAAAGUGUGAUUCUUUACAAGAAUCUUGGGAUAUGCUUAUUUCCAGUUUGAACUGCGUUGCUGGAUGCCCCAAUAAUGCCAUUUAUAUGACUGUAUAUAUUUUGGGUUUUUGGAUCCGUCAUAUUGUUUUUGCGUACAUGAAUGGAUAUUCUCCUGUUGUAGCAGCAGUGGCAAGUCAGAUGACACAACCAAUCAACACAUUUAUAUUAUUGAUUAUCCCUUCAUGGAACGUAUAUGGCGCCAAGACCGUUUGGUAUUACACACUUGGCUGUUUCUUGCUUUUACUCAUGUCAACCAUUAUUUUUGUUGUAUGGCAUGUGCUUAAUCGCCCACCUCGUCGGAAUGAAUUGCCGUUAUCAUUAUCCCCCAUGAUGGGCAGCGAUACUGAUAAGGAUGAUGAAAAUGAAAUAUGCUUAUUUACUGAGGAUAACACCCAGGAGAGGGAAGGGGAGGAAAUCGUUCCCACGCAAAGACACAAAACGGGAAGUUGA